GACCGCAUCGCCCACAGCUCAACCUGAAUAUUCCUACCACGGAAAUAAAAAAAUUAAGAAUGUGGACCAUCAGCCUAGUUACUUGAGGGCUACUCGGAAAAGCAUUCCUUUUUCUGUUCAAAGGAUUCUGUUGUCUAGCGAUUUAUUUCUCUUAUGCGCCGUGUUGUUUUCUCCAAUAUCUCCUACUCUCUUAGUAUGCGCACGGCCGGCCCACCUGAGGAGACUCUGAUCAUUUUUCCAGUGACCUGUUUAUCUGUAUCCGGGCCGGGCAACCGAUACGCCAUCAUCCCCUCGGAAGGCGAUUCCAUGAAAAACCAUUCUUUGUCACGCUUGUAAGUAUAGCACCGGUAUUUCCUGCGGCCAGUGUCCCCGAAACUCAUGGUUAUCUUAAAUCACUGCGCAGACCGCACGUUUUCUAUCGCAGUCCCUGGGGCCAUCUUGCCGAUACCAAAUUAAGAGGGCUCCCGCAUUCUUACACUUUCUUUUACAGCCACAGAAUGGGUUCAACGAAGGGCUGAAAGUUGGCAUUACUUGUACACUGUCGCUCGAUUACGACAACACGCAACUGGCCUAUGGUUCCACGUUUUUCCCCCAUCCUACCCAUGGACUGUACUCAGCUCCACCGGUGCCAUUUCGAUGGGAAAUUCUCGCGGGUUCUUUCCCACCGCACGUAUGUACCCCGAUGUAAGCUUGGCCGAUUUUACAAAGGUCGUGGCUUGGCUAUUCAUAUGGGGUUGGGGUGUGGUGUCUCUUUUCGCAAAAACUUUGGAUUAAGUCAAGGUCAGGUGGGCGCCCCGACUUGAAGGUAGGGUCGCCAUUUACUCGUAUUGAGAAAUUAAGCAGGCAAGUGGCUAAGGGCAAUUGCGGGGUCGGGUAAAUAUCCCACGCGGCGGUCCGUGUCCCGGUAUCAAUAUCAUUUGAUAGGUUUAACUUUCUGUUUCCAGGAACUGCGCCUUUUGGGGGUUUCAGGAAUACAUAGCUUUUGCACGAUACGGGAAAAUGAUUCUGUGUGGAUGCUGUUGUCGUCUCAUCCAUCCCGUGGCCUAAUGAGGCAUGUGCAACGUGCGAGCCACCGCCAAGAUCGCGACAGGGCCCAACCAACUGCCCGUAACUCAACCGGGCAGGCUUACGGGUAGUUUGCAUUUCCCGGGCUCUUCUCAGCAUGUCCUAUGAUACUUCCAUAAGACUUCUGAAGAGUGAAUUUCGCCCUUGUCCCUAUCUCGAGACAGCACCCUAUCCCGGGCCCUUACCCCAAAUCUUUAUCCUUUUCUGGGGUUGAAGGGUCCUAGCCAGGAGCACACCGGUAGCCCAGAGCCGCCUCAAAAGUGGAGAAUUCCUCCUCGCUACGUCCAGGGCUGGGCGUUCGGUUGCCCAGUCGGUGUGUUUGUCGUAUUAUUUGCCAGUUUCGGGGCUUGUGAAACGAUUCUGAACUACAUUUACCAUUGGCGACAAAUAGGCUACCUUCCCGUCUUGAGAUACCGGCGCCCUAGAUACAUCUUAAUACUUUCAUGCCCGAACAUGGAGACCAGCCCGACAGUGAGCCAAACACUUGAUGGAUUCGUGGGUUUCCCUUCCCUUCAUUGUCCGCAAUUCUGGAGAUGAGAAGUAUUCGCCUGAUAAUUCUCCCAGGAACAUCCCAGCAAGUAUCAGUGGGGAUUUCAGCAGGAAUUGGGGAGAUCACAAGCUUCUGGUAGUAACUUCGGAAAACAAGAUCAAGGGCGGGAGUUUAGAGCUGGAGGGCAUGGUAUUAUUAAUUUUCCCGAGAGCUUUCCGGCAAACAACUAACGAGCUGUCGUGGUUGGAAGAAGCAUCUACGCUUCAUCGCAGACUUCCCGGCGGUAGAAAGUGCAAUUACACGGGCCGUGAAAAGCUCAUCAAGUCGUUAAAGAGGAUUGCCGACCGUGGCGAUCACCACCGCACCGCACUUCAAGGACCAAGCGACCGCGAGUGUAUGUUCAUCGCUUCGUGAUAUGAAGGUUCUUCUAACAUUUCACAGAAACCCCGGAUUGCCCUCAGAUACUCUUAUUAGUGAGAGAGCGAGGGCGACAGUCAUGUUUUCUGAGGACAAGGGAGUGGAAUAUUAAAUUUAGGGAAGGCUUCUGGGUCAUUGCGCGAAAUGUUCAAAUUCGUCUCGCCAGAGCUGAGACGGAUGAAGAGGGAUUCAGAUUGAGUGUGAAGAGGUCGCUCGAAGGUCCAAACAGUAGUGAUUGGGUUCUGGUGAUUCACGACUGCGGUAACG